UGGAUGAGUUAUUAACUCAGCGUGAACACUUAUUUAAAAGGAGAAAAAAAUUAAACAUCGAAUAUCUCUUGGAAAUUAUGGCUGAACAACAACGUAAUUGGUUAUGGAUAUGUUCUGUAGUUUUAUUUCUUUUGAAUUAUGUGUUUUCAACAAGCGUGUAUCAACCACCUCCACCAGUGGACCAGCACGGCUGCACAGCUAACCAGGUCUACGUGAAUUGCGCCUUCAACUGUCCCACUGACUACUGCCCCCGGUCAGACGGGCCGGUGCCGCAGUGCUCGCCUCCCUACCCCUGCCAGCCGGGGUGCCGGUGCAAGGUCAACCACAGGAUACACCCGGACGGACAGUGCAGGAGGAGCGAUUUGUGCCCCCCAAUCCGCUGCACCCGCUUCAACGAAGUCUACAAUUCCUGCACGGACGUGUGUACCAGGGAGUCAUGUGCGGACAGGAACAACACGUCUCAGUGCAACACGCUGCUGCUCAACUGUGAGCCGCGGUGCGCGUGUAGGAAGGGCACCUGGAGGAAUAGGUACGGGAUCUGUGUGCCUGCCAACCGGUGCACUUAGAAGCCAUAGGGAUACAGUGGUUUUCGAAAUAUAAUAAG